UACCUAGCUAACUAGCUAUCCUAGUAGUGCUGCUGUAACUGAAAACGAGAGUUAACACCUGAAAACCUCCCUGUCCUAACGUACCAAAACAGCUAGCUAGCUCACUCUGGACUGUUGGAAGUGGUAUGUGGUGGUGACAGCAAUGAGAAUAGAAACCACAUUAUUGGAAGUAUAUAGAAAAUAUUAGCUAGCUAAACCGAGCUUUCCUAGCAUCUAGCAAGCUAGAUAACUAACCUAUCCUGUUCAGUUAGUUCCUGAUAGCUGGCUGCAUUAUUAAUUUAGCUAGUUCCUGUUUAGCAAGUGGUUCUGCUGUAACCGAAACACCAGAAAACUUAGUUAAGUUACUGCUACACAAAUCCUAACCCUAACCUAGCUAUCAAAAGCUAGCUAACCCAGUUAUAGCUUAGCUAUUUCUCCAGGAAUCUCUAUAUCAGGAGCUAAAGCUGCUAGAAAUAACGUAGCGUUAUAGGAUAGCUAGCUACGCAUUCGUCUUUUUUAAUUAGUCCAUAUUAUAGCUUAUAUUCGAUACAUUUAAAAAACAAACAAAAGUCGCAGGAGCUGCAACGCUGUCUUCCAGCUCGCCUUCUGACUGGGACUGGGACUUAGCGGCAGCAGAGCAGCGUUUUGGGCUAACCAUGCCUGGAGGGAGCUGGGAGUACGACCAGGAUCAACUCAAUAUGAUUAAUUUCGUUAGCCAUCUUGUGCGCUAGCUGGCUAAUACGUUACAUUAUCAAGUCAGCAAACGUUACGGCCACCCUCUGGGCCACUUCCCCCAUCAACAACGAACUGGUAUACCCAGCUAGAAAAGCUGGCUGGAGCUUUAUGAAAUGAAAGCAACACGGGCGAUUUGUGUUUGCAGAACUGUUGUGAAGAUGUUCGAGGACGCCAGGAUCGCCCUGUAAAGAUCUCCUCUAGAGAGAUCAUCUCCAGGAGAAGGAAUGGACGAGCAGAAGUCAAACUGCGAAGAAAAUGAUUCAGAAACGGCAGCUGAUGAUGGUGCCUCUUCAAAGGAGACUGUCCCUCCUCCGGGGGACCCGAAUACCCCUCAUGCUGCAGAGGACAUCUCAGGCACUACUGUGGACACUUCCAGUGCACCAGCGGAGAUUGUCAGGGCCUGCGCGCUCUGUAACUGUGUGGAGAGAAGUCUUCACGGACAGCGGGAGCUCAGGUGUUUCGGACCCUCUUCCCACUGUCCCCAUCCGGAGGCCUCUACCUCCUCACUGCCACCACCUGGAAAUGAUGACCUGUCUUCCAUUGGCUUCUAUGAAUCCAAUAGUCCUGCGAUUCUUUUUGAUGAAACAGGGUGCUGCUGGGUUCACUACUGGUGUGCAGUAUGGUCAGAAGGUGUGCGGCAGGGCGAGGGUGAGGAACUGAUAAAUGUGGACGAGGCAGUCAUCUCAGGGAUACAGCAGCCGUGCGAUUAUUGUAAAAGGAUGGGUGCAACCAUCAGGUGCCGUGCCAAGGGCUGCUCACGGUUCUACCACUUCCCUUGCUCGGCUGCGAGUGGAUCUUUCCAGUCCAUGAAGCAGUUGGCUCUCCUUUGUCCUGAGCACAUAGACAAGGCAGAGGAGAUAGCUGGAGAGGAGGCACGCUGUGCGGUGUGUGACUCUGCAGGGGAGCUCUCGGGUUUGUUGUACUGUACAGGUUGUGGGCAACACUACCAUGAUGCCUGCCUGGAGAUCAGUGCCACACCUCUCCAGCGCUCUGGCUGGCAAUGUCCAGAGUGCAAGGUGUGCCAAACCUGCAGGCAACCAGGGGAGGACUCAAAAAUGCUGGUCUGUGACGCAUGUGACAAGGGCUAUCACACCUUUUGUCUGCAGCCAGCUAUGGAUUCUGUACCCCCUGACUCUUGGAAGUGCAGACGGUGUCGUGUCUGUACUGACUGUGGGGCUCGAGGACUUACUCUGCCAGGCUCUGAGCAGUGGUUUGAGAGCUAUUCAGUGUGUGAGGGCUGUCAGCGGCAGCGAACAUCUGUGUGCGGGGUUUGCAGUAAAGUCACAGAGUCCUUGGUCCCAUUACAGCGACGCUGCACUGUCUGCCACAGAUGGGUACACAGUGAGUGUUCCACACUCUCUGAGCUUCCAGAAGAGAAAUGCAUCUGCUUCAUCUGCAGAGAAACACCUACUGAUGUCGCAGGGACAGAAAUGUCCUCCAUGCAAGUGGAUGAGAAGGCAGAUCUGGAGGAACCCAUGGAAUUGGGAACAGUAGCUGAAGUUGAGACAGCAGAAGUAGAUGAAAGCAUUAUGGAGGAGGGGCAGCAGCAGGAGAUGAGUGUGGACUCUACUGCUCCACAAGUGGAUGGUGAAGUGUCCAUAGAGCAACAGGCCCCUGUAGCUGAGGUUGCAGGUGCUGAAGAAGGAGUAAUGGACUCCUGUAAGGAAUCUAUUGCUGAUGGUGCUGUUAGUACAGAGGAAAAAGUUAAAGACACUCGGGAAUCUCUGCCUGGCCCAGAAAGCUCUGCCUCCAAUACUGCAUUGGAAGCUGAACCUCAUGUAGCUGUGACCCAGGCAGAAGGUCAUGUACAGUCUCAGGAGGAAGCCAGUCAACAGGAGGGGAAGGAGUUGAGCUGUACUGUGGAUGUUACUGUAAUUGAGCCCCUUCCAGUUUCCUCAUCCCCAUCUCCUCAAAUUCAUCCUACGACUGUUCCAGAAGAGGCGGACACUGUUGCAAUGGACACAGAGAAGGCAGAGCCUGAGGUGCAGAAAGAGGAGGCAUCACACAGGACUCCUCCCCCUGCUCCUCAGGUGGACCAGCCCUUUGCCUCAGACACAGACGACAGAUUGGGUCAGUCUGAGGAGGAGGAGGAGGAGGAGGAGGAGGAUGAACUGUUGGAAGAUUCCCUUUCUAAGGAAAACAGUCAAGCAGAAGGUGAUCAGAAGCUUGAUGCUGAGGCUGCAGAUGCGGGUAUGAAGUCAGAGCUGCUCCUCGACGAGACGUCCAACAUGAGCCACGGUGACGAGAGCAGCAGUGGCUUCCUAGGCUCCCCAGCCGAGGCAGACUCUCAGAUGCUCUCCACAGACCUCAGUGUAGUACCAGCUUGCAGGCUGCGCUCUGAUUCCUUGCUCACGGAGACCGAUGACUCCUUACCCUUUGACCCCCUCAAGUGUGACGGAGAGAAGCUAAAGCGGAGGGGAUCUCCAGGGCGCUCCAGGGGAAGGGGCGGUGGCUUUCCAGGAAGGCGACGGCCGCGAGGUGGAGGCGGUGGAAGAGGACGAGGGCGAUCGCGUCUCAAAGCCAUGGCUUCUUGCAUUGAUGCAUUCUUGCAAACCAUGACCACAGACACUGGAAUAAAUAAAGAAGACGAGGAGGAGGAGGAUGACACAAUGCAGAAUACAGUGGUGCUCUUCUCCAACACUGAUAAAUUUGUUUUGCUGCAGGAUAUGUGUGUAGUGUGUGGCAGCUUUGGGCGAGGUGUAGAGGGCCAGCUGUUGGCUUGUGCACAGUGUGCUCAAUGUUAUCAUCCAUACUGUGUAAACAGCAAGAUCACUAAGAUGAUGUUGAGGAAAGGCUGGCGUUGUCUUGAGUGUAUCGUGUGUGAGGUUUGUGGGAAGGCAUCGGAUCCUUCCCGGUUGCUGCUGUGUGACGACUGUGACGUGAGCUAUCACACCUACUGCUUGGACCCUCCCUUACACACUGUACCCAAGGGAGGCUGGAAGUGCAAAUGGUGUGUGUGCUGCAUGCACUGUGGGGCCAGCUCGCCAGGGUUUCACUGCGAGUGGCAAAAUAACUACAAUCACUGCGGCCCCUGUGCCAGUCUGGUCACGUGCCCCGUGUGUCGGGAGAACUUCAUGGAAGAAGAGUUGCUUCUGCAGUGCCAGCACUGUGACAGAUGGGUCCAUGCUGUAUGUGAAAGUCUCUAUACUGAAGACGAGGUUGAACAAGCGUCUGAUGAAGGUUUUGCCUGUACGGCUUGCACUCCAUUUGUUCCCAAACCUGUUGUGGAAACUCCAAUGAUGUCAAUCUUCAAGAUAAAAGAGCCUGAGCCACAGUUCUACAGAUUAGAAGGUGUCUGGCUGACUGAGACAGGCAUGUCUUUACUUCGAAGCAUCUCUAUGUCUCCACUGCAUAAGCGGAGACAGCGGCGCUCCCGAUUGGGAAUGCUUUGCAUUGAAGGAAACCCUGAUGGUCUGGAGCUUAAAGAAGGCGAAGUUGAAGGAGAAGAAGGGAAAGGUUCUGAGUCAAUGGAUUGUGACUCUAAACUGGAAGGUCCUGGAAGCCCAGACCGAGAAGGAGGUGUAGACAAAGACCAUGGGGCAGAUGGAGCUGCAGAGGGCAUGGGUGACUGUGAUGCUCUUAAAGGUGGAGCAGAGGAGAUGGAUGAUGGAAAGAAAAGAAAGAGAAAACCGUACAGGCCUGGAAUUGGAGGGUUCAUGGUCCGGCAGAGAAAAUGCCACACCCGGAUCAGGAAGAGUUUAAACCUGCCUGGUUCUAGUGAAGGCGUGUCUGAAGGACAAACAACAGAAACGAAAUUUGAGGAAUGCCCUCAUCCUGACAUGGAUCUCCCUGAUUUGAAGGCAGCAGAGGGAGACGGUGAACAAGCAAAAAAGCGCCGAGGGAGAAAGAAAAGCAAGCUGGAGGACAUGUUUCCUGCAUACCUACAGGAAGCGUUCUUUGGAAAGACAUUGCUUGACUUGAGUAAAAGGGCUGUUCUUGCCCCGGCGAGACUUCCUCAGGGCCCUCCAAGACCCCUAUUAACUGCUCCUGGGACUAGAUCUGCAGCUCCAGAGUCUGAGGGUGGAGACCGAGCAUCUGGAAUCUCUCAGCAGUUUAAGCAAGAGGCUGAUUGCUCAAAGCCACAAGGAGAUAUAAAAAUGCUCCCUGGAGCAGUUGAGCAGCCCUCUGUCGAAGAUCAGGGUCAAGGUGACGCCUCGGGCUCUGACAUACAGAAGAAAGAAGGUCUUCCACAGGUGACAGAAAAUCAGGACUCUGAGCAGUUUUUCCGGAAGGUUCUUGGACCUACAGAGGGUAGUUCUCUAGGUGGAACAGUUCAGGGUAGGCCUGUUCAGGAAGCAGACUCAAACAGAAAAAGCCUUCCAGGUACAUCCUUGCCUGGCUCAUUGCCCUCCGCUAAUAUGAUGGAUUCCUUUCCAGGACUUUCUCAGUCCCCGUUUUUUGACCUGCGUGACAGAGCUGGGCUGUUCAGUCCAGACCAGGAUGAUGAAAGUCCUUGGGCAACUCCAUCUACUCCCGCUACACCCUCCACUCCCCCAACUCCUACUGAACAGGAAGGUGAUGGUCUCUCGUACAAUCAGCGGAGUCUGCAGCGGUGGGAGAAAGAUGAGGAGCUGGGAAACCUGUCAACAAUUUCACCUGUGCUAUAUGCUAACAUUAAUUUCCCUAACCUCAAGCAAGACUACCCAGAUUGGGCCAGUCGCUGCAAGCAGAUCAUGAAAAUCUGGAGAAAAGUGUCUGCUGCUGAUAAGGUUCCCUUCCUGCAAAAGGCCAAAGAUAACAGGGCAGCUCAGAGGAUCAGCAAGGCACAAAAGCAAGCAGAGAGUCAGGUGUUGAGGCCGGUUAAAACUGAGCCAGUUCGGGUAAAAGGAGAACGCCCCAGUUUGCACCUUCAAAUUCCCCCACCCUCUGGAUCUCUUUCCACACCCUCUCAGCCUAGUUCUGCUGAAAGCCCCUUUCCCUUUACCCCAGAAACGGCAUCUUCAACCUUUUUCCCAGAUGGACCUGGGAAGGUUUCAGGCUCAGCAAAUGUUCAGACUGACCCCUUUUCCAAGCUUCCACCUCAGUCUCCACAAGCUCAGUCUCAGCCAUCCACUCCGUACUCUCAGCCUUCUUCCAGCCCCCUGCAGGUCUCCUCAGGUUACCCCUUACCUGGCCCACAGGGGCCUCCUCAGGGACGGCCAGCCAGUCUUGGCUCCCUUGAUAUGCAGACAGGGACACCUCGUAAGGCUCAGCAUGUAGAUCCCUUCUUCAAACAGCACGUCCUUCCAUCCCAACCCCAGCAGACUUCUCAGGAUUCUGCCAGCCUACCUGAGAGUCCUCGGCCCAGAGGUAGUGGGACGGGAGACUCCCCUAUGUUCUCCCCACACCACAUGACCCACCAUGGAGACCCAUUUCGUGGCCAGCAGGGGAUUGUUCGACAAGAGUGUGCUUCAUCUCCAUCUCACUCUGCUGCAGCGUCUUCACCAGCUGGAAUGGGGCAAAACAGAACAGAUAUGAGCGCCCAGUCUCCGCGUGCCUCAGUUGGCCGACUUGAGCUUGGCACUGGUUCUCCUGCAGGGAUGCUGGACUCUGGAGAUGGUUUGUUCAAAGCUCCUAUGACCCCACGCAUGCAUCAAGGCGAUACUAUUCCACAUCCUGCUGGUGCCUCGCCCAGUCAUCUUCCUGAGAACUAUCGCCAAUCUCCCUCUUCGUUUUCUGAUCCCUGUGGCCAGGCUCCUCUCACGCCACGGCCGCAGUCGGCAGACAGUUCCUCACCUUUGCCACAGAGACUGCCUCUACCCCAGCAAGAAUGUUAUUCAAAAGUGGCCACAAGCCCUCAGUCACAAGGCAGUUCUCAGUCCCCUCUCACACCAGGAGCCCUCUCAAACGAUGGACACUCUGUGCAGUCACCAGCUACCCCACGCUUUCAGUCCCCAGAUCCUUAUUCCCGACCACCCUCACGGCCUCAGUCGAGAGACCCUUUUACCUCACAGCACAAACCUUCUCGCCCCGCCUCUGCGGCACCAGAGGUUUCCUUUAGAGGCUCACCUCACCAUAGCCAGCAGCCUCCUUGUUCACCCUCUCUAGGAGAUCCACUCACUGGAAAACCACCGGGACCUCCUGCUUUUAGCCGUAGCCCCAGCAUGGGUGCCCUUCAAAUUGGCCAGCAACAGGCAAUGGUCCAGCAUCAAAUGGUAACUCCUCAACAAGCUCAGGUUCAACUCCAGCAAACACCCUCCCAGCCACAAACCAUGGCUGCAGAUUUAAAUUCUAGACUAGCUUUACCACCUGUGAAUCAAGACACAAGUGCUUCUGCAAGACCACCAGAGGCACCACAUCUACCAGGCAUGCAGAGUGCUCAAGAACUGCCGGACCUCUCUGCUGGGCAGGAUCCAUCUCUCAUUGGCCUUAGCCCAUCGGAGCUUGAAAAGCACAGACAGAGACAAAGACUUCGAGAAUUUUUAAUCAGACAGAAAAUGCAGAGGAAUUCACUUCGUCAGGAGAAAGAGGCCACUGCAGCCAGUAAUAAUGCUCCAAACUGGCAAGAAGGAGAUGUGUCCGUCUACCAUCCGGACAAAACCCAGCGAGCACCACCUCCUUACCCACAGGAUAGAGCAGCCAUUGCUCAGGUGCCCAUGACUGGCAAGCUUCCUAUGCCUAUGGGAGUCGUUGAUGACAAAAUGUGUCGGCCACCUCCCCCAGGAACACCUGGCAUUAUGGAUCCUAAUGUAGUAAGGCAAGCUGGCCCUGCUAUUCCUCAGGGGAUGUAUCGUCCACCUUUUCAUCCACAGUGGCAAGGUCAGCCAGCUGGUCCACGAAGGUUUCCCCAGCCAUCCAUGUUGGAAAUUGGUCCCAGGCACCACAUUAAUGCACCUAUAAACCACCCUCUCGCUAUGCCGGGAGUGCAAGGCAUGCCUAAUCCCCUUGUAGUGGCUCAGGGUGCUGUAACAGACACAAUGCAAACCGGUGUGUCUGGACCUCCACCACAGUUCAUAGAAUUGAAGCAUAAUGCCAGGCCACUAGCACCUCAGUUUUUGCCAAGGGUACCUCAACACCGCCAACGUCUUUUUGUACCACAGCAGGAAGUGGCUGCUCAAUUUGUGCCACCUUCACAGGCAGAAGUUGGGCAAGAUCCCAGACUUGGUUUACCACAACCAGGUCUAGGCAUAUUAAUGCCUCAGCAAAGUAGUAUUCCACAACCGCAGUCUCAACUGCAACCCCAGCAGAUACCAACUCAAACGCCAUCAAACACACAAAACUCCUCCCAUGCAACCACUCAGCAGCAGGCUCCUCGGGCCAAUACUGUAGGAGGGCAGCAGCCUGCAGAAGUAAGCGUUGACUUACCGGAACCUGACCUUGGGGACCCCUUUGCUGCCAAAGACUUGGGAGAUGCAGGAGCGGAAGCUGGAGUAGAGGAUGAAGAUGACCUUGCACUUGACUUGGAUACUGAUAAAGGGGUUGAUGACUUGGGAAACCUUGACAACCUUGAAACAAACGACCCCCAUUUGGACGAUCUGCUUAAUAGUGAUGAAUUUGACUUGCUUGCCUACACAGACCCUGAACUGGAUCAGGGUGACCCUAAGGAUGCUUUUUCAGACCAGUUGCGACUUGUUGAAGCAGAAGGUGAAGGAUCAGGACCCUCUGUUUCCACAGAUGUUAAGGUGGAAGAGAAACCUAAAGUUAGUGUAAUUGCCAAGGACUCCCUUACAGCUUCCACAAAGCCACCUUCAAAAACCGAAGGCACAACAUCUUCCAGUGGUUCCUGUCCUCCCAAGACAGAGGCUUCAGAAACAAGUGGACUCGCUACUGUAAAACUAGAGAAGGGCUUGGUUGAGCAACAGCAGCCAGCACAGACUGUGAUAAAAGAUGAGAUGCGAGAAGCUGUCUCCCUGCUUCUUAGUGGAACACCAUCCAAAACCUCAGCUCAGACAGAGAAUUCAUCUGCGUCCUUGAACACUGUCCGUUUAGGAGGCGUGCCAUUUCCUCUUCCCUCUCAGGCUGAUCCUCUCUCUUUUCCACAACCUACAACACAUCCAGACCUGGGUGAGGAUUCCCUCUGUCUGCCAGAUGGCGGAGGCCAGCACUCACCAGCAGUUGAUCUUGACAAGGUGGAGAGCUCCUUGGAGGCAAGUGAACUGCCCUUAUUGAUUCAGGAUCUUCUAGAACAUGAAAAGAAAGAGCUCCAGAAACAGCAGCAGCAACAGCAGUUGAGUGCACUGCAGGGAGGCUGUGGUAGCCAUCUGCUUAACCUGCAGAAUCAGCAGCCUCCUCCUGGUGGGCCAAACCAGGUUUUGCUACCCCAUCAUCGUCCACCUCAGGGUCUUGUGGGUCAGCCUGGAAUGGUGCCGAGGCCACCUCACAUAAUGUCACAACAGCAGAGGUUAAUUGGUGCGCCAAUGCCUCCACCUCCGCAUGUAGCAAUGGGACAGCCACAAGCUAUGAUGCGAGGUGGACAGCCAGGCAGCGUUCACCCUGGUCUCAAUCCACAGCAGCAAGCAGCACCACCUCAGCACAUUGCAAAACAGCAACUAGGAACAACACUUCCUAGCAACUUUUUUCCAGAUAAAGAUCUGGAUAAGUUCAUGGCUGAUGAUAUCAUGGAUCCUAUUGCCAAGGCAAAAAUGGUGGCUCUAAAAGGCAUAAAAAGGGUGUUGACCCAAGACCCCAUGGGUGUUCCUCCUGGAAUUAACAGGCAACAAGUAUCCCUUUUGGCUCAGAGGUUGGCCUCAGCCCCAGGAAGUUCAGACUCUCAGGCUCACCUUGGACCUGGGUCAUCUAAGGAUGGGGAGGGUGGUGAACAGGCUCAGACACGACCUAAUCCUCCUCAGUUUGUCCAAGGCAUCAUCAAUGAUGCAGAGCAACACCAAUAUGAAGAAUGGCUAGUGCACACCCAGCAGUUGCUACAGAUGCAGCUGAAGUUCCUUGAGGACCAGAUAGGAGCGCACCGUAAAUCUCGCAAAGCGUUGUGCGCUAAGCAACGUACUGCUAAGAAAGCAGGGCGUGAAUUUGCGGAAGCAGAUGCUGAAAAGCUCAAACUGGUCACAGAAGAACAAAGCAAGAUCCAGAAACAGUUAGAUCAGGUACGUAAGCAGCAAAAGGAGCACACAAAUCUGAUUGCUGAAUAUAAAAGUAAGCAGCAGCAGCAUCAGCAAGGGUCUUCAACGUUGGCACCUGGAACUUCCAAUCCAGGGCCACACAUGCUUUCUAAGAUACCUGGACAGAUGAUGAUGGGCCAACAAGGUGGGCCAGUGAUUGGGCCAGGGACUGGGCCAGGGACCCCUGUACCUGGAGGCAUUCCUCCAGGUGGUAUGCCUGUUAGAAUGCCUCAAGUGCAUCAGUUUCCUGGAGCCCAGCCUCCUCAUCCUGGGGCACUUGGUGCUGUACCACCUGGUGCACCGGCUGGAUUCUUCCCACAACGUCCUGGGGCACCAGACCCAAGACUCCUUCAAGAACGACAGUUACAGCAGAGGAUGCAAAUGGUUCAGAAACUGCAGCAGCAGCAGUUUAUGAUGGGUCAGCAGCCCAUGCCAGGUCAGAACCAGCAACCCGGUGUCAUGAGUCAGCCAGCUGUACCAAUGAGUGGUCAACCACCUCAACCUUUGAUGAACAAUGCAUUGAUGGGCCAGCAGCAGCCAAACCUACAACCUGGGUUAAUACCCAACCAGCCACAUCAACAGGGCAUGAUGCAGGUUGCACAGGGCAUGAUGGGGAAUCAUUCAGUUGGACAGGCACAGCCAAAUCUCAUGGCUCAGCCAAUGGCUCAGAAUCAGAAUAUGAUACCAGGCCAGCAAGGCAUGCCGGGAAAUCAACCUGUGCAGCAGCUUCAGAGACCUCAGGGUCUGUUGGGUCAACAGGUGCCUGCUGGACCACACAUUAUUAGAGGCCCACAACCCCAACUUACUCCUCAGCAGCAGAGCAUUUUGGCACAGCGUAUGCUUCUUUCGCAGCAACAGCAAAAUGCAGCAAAGAACCUCGCUCAGCUUCAACAGCAGCAAGUGGCACAACAGAGACAACUGCCACAAGUAUGUCCUCCAGAGCAAAGGGCCCUGGGUGCUUCACCUUCAGGCAGUAUUCAAGGAAGUGUUGAGAAUUUGCAACAAGUGGUUCCAGGUCACUCCCAGGAUGUCCAGAACCCUGUUCCUAAAGAUGGAGGAAUCCUCAGUCCUAAAACCCCACCCCAGCAAGGUGGUGGACCUUCAACUCCAAUCCAGAUGCAACAGCAAGGUCCAAGUGGAGAACUGCAGGGAGCAGUUGGGCAGCAACAACCAUCAAUUGGCUAUCUGGCUCAACAACAAGCAAUACAGCAGCAGCAGCAACCAGGACAAAAUCAUGGCCCAACCCAGCAACAUGGCUUUAUAAACAAUCAACAGGCAGGAUUACAACCUCAAGUGCAACAGCAACAACAAAUGCAGCUUGCUCUUCAGAGGCAGAACUCCAUUAAUACAGAUCACGUGAAACAGGAAGGUCAGCAAAUGUGUUACGUGGCUCAACAACAACAGCAGCAGCAGCAACAACAACCAAUCGGUCAGAAUGUUGGUCAAGAGUUGCAGGGCAUGCUAACACCACAGACUGGCCCAAACCCACCUUUAAUGCCUGGAAAUCCAAAUCAGCAACAAGAACUACUGGCCCAGCAGCAGAAGCAAGCUAUGCUUGAGCAGAUGACCAGAGGUCAGCAGGUAAUGAUGAAUCCAAGGCCGGGUGUUCCACCUGGGCAAAUACGAGCUCCUAUCAACAUUCAGGCAAUCAUUGCACAAAAUCCUCAGCUUCGGCAUUUGACUCCUAAUCAGCAGAUCCAGCAUAUUCAGGCAAUGAUUGCUCAGAGACAGGCUCAGCAGGCUCAACAGCAAAGCCAGAUGUUGAGAUUGCAAGGGCAAGCACAGGCCCAAAUGCGUCCUAUGGGUCCACAAGGUCAACCUGUUGGCCCAAGAAUGCCAGGGCUUGAGGCACAGCAGCAACACCCCUAUGCUUUUGCUGGUAAGCAAGGUCCAGUUGGAUCUCCACAGCAACAGGGUGUAACAAACCAGUCCUCUAUCAUGGCGCCGCAAUAUCAUCAAGAUGGUGGAUCGUUGCAACAACACCAAACCCCACCAGGUGCAUCACCUCAGUAUCCCAGUAAUACCCACCCACAGCAGCAGAUGAUACAGCAGCAGCAAAUGAUGAGGGGACAGGUGCCUUUAACACGACCAAUGAUGGGUCAGGUUCGUCCAACACCACUUGGGCACAUGACUAGGCCAAUGUCUCCUCGUCAGCUUAUGAGUCAGGGUUCACCAGGCAGCCCCCUGUCGAGUCAGCAAAGACAGUUGAUGGGAAUGCGUCAGACUCCUCCAGGCCAGCAGCAGCAGCCUCACGGUGUGACCGCACUUAGCCCAUUUCAGGCCUCUCCCUCUCAUGUUGGUUCUCCUGCAGGCUCUGUUCACGAAGCAGGAUCAAGUCCAGCAUCUUUCAAUAAGCGGGAUUCAGUCACUCCUUCAACCCACUUGUCACCUGGGAAAAGUAACGUUGGGAAAAACAGUCCUUUCAGUGGCGGUGGACCAUCAGCAGCCUCACCCCUAAAAUCUCCAACAGUUAAGACUCCACAAGAUAUAUCAGGUCUAAAGUCAGAACCUCAUGGCCUGGGUGUUGAAACACCACACGUUUCUGUUCCGCGAAAUGGCCCUUCUCCCAAGUCAGCACAGCACCUGAUGUCACCAUCCACCUCUUUAUCAGCAAGUGAUGUUUCACGUUCAACACCAACAAGUGGUGAAGCAGGUCUAUGCAAAAUCACUCUACAAAACAUCAAACAGGAACCUCGAGAAGUUCAGUGUGAUUCGGGAGAUGGAGAAGAGGUGCUGUCAGCUCCUAUUAAGAGAGAGAUCACUGGUGAGGCAGUUGGUACCAGUAAUGCCAGUGGUUUGGACAACUCUGGAAAUCCACCAGGAGAUUCUGCAGCUCUGACUCCCAGAACAGAGACUGGCCAGCAGCUUUUACAGAAGCUACUUCGAACGAAGAACCUUCAGUUGGCAUCCCAGAGGCCGUCUGAUGGCAUCCACAAUGAAAUAAAUGGUCAUAUAAACAGCAAGUUGGCCAUGUUGGAGCAGAAGCUUCAAGGGACGCCACGCAACAUGGAGGAUCUCCAGUCAAUAACGAAGAGAGCGCCUGUAGCAAAGGCCAAGCGAACUCCAAAAGCUGGAGAACGUGGGCCAAACUCGAGGAAGAAGACUAAAAAAGACGAGGUUGGAAAAACUGAAGCAAUAAUGAAGCAACUUAAACAACAGGGUCUGUCUCUUCUUCCAUUGAUGGAGCCUUCUAUAACUGCUAGCCUGGAUUUGUUUGCACCUUUUGGUAGCAGCCCUGCUAACGGCAAGACUCAGUUGAAGGGCUCUUUUGGAAAUGCUGUAAUAGACAAUAUUCCAGACUACUAUUCUCAACUCCUCACUAAGAAUAACCUCAGCAAUCCCCCAACACCACCUUCAUCCCUUCCCCCGACUCCGCCCCCUUCGGUGCAGCACAAGCUUUUGAAUGGAGUGACUGGUGUAGAGGAACUAGCAGAAGGCCAGAAAGAGAGAGAAACUUCAGAAGAUACCAUGGACUCUGUUCCAGAGGAGGUGAAGAGUGUGGACAUACUAGCAGCUCUCCCCACUCCUCCACAUAAUCAGAACGAAGAUGUGAGGAUGGAAAGUGAUGAUGACAGUGAUGCUCCAGACAGCAUUGUGCCUGCAUCAUCACCUGAGAGUCACGUGGGAGAUGAUUCAUCACGUUUCCCUCAUCUGCUGGAACCCAAAGAAGAGGAGGAAGAAAGGGCCAUUUCCCCUGUUAUUCCCAUCAUCCCUCGUUCUGCUAUCCCCACUUUUCCAGAGACUAAACCUUUCGAGGCAGUAGAGGGAAAAGCAGGCUCCUCUUUGAGUCCCUGGGACAAAGCCAAGAGCAAUGAAGUGUCUGUUACUUUCACCCUCUCGACAGCUGCUGCCAAGAAUCUGAACUCUGUGAUGGUGGCAGUUGCCCAACUACUGCACAUGAGAAUGCCAGGGUCCUAUGAGGUGGCUUUCCCCCAAAGUCCUGGUAGAGCAGGUGGUGUUGGCCCUGGGAAAGCACCUGAAUCCACCAACUCGGGAGAUGUAUGUGUAAAGACUGAUCAGUCAGCAAGCCAAGAUGAAGAAUGGCUGAGGCAGUUUGAUGUCACCUUACCUGGAUGUACUUUGAAGAAGCAGGUUGAUAUUUUGUCACUCAUAAAACAGGAAUACCCAGAGCAUGAGGAACGACCCUCUCAGCACUGUUACAUGACCAACGUGUCAGACCUAGACGUGCGCCAUCUUCCCGUCAUUCCUGUCGAGGUUUCACCACCUCCUUCACCUUCACCUCCUCCACCACCACCUGCUGAUGUUGAGCCUGAACCUGUCAUUCAGACUGACGCUGUUCCUCAGCCAGAGCCUGAAUCUGAGCCUCCUGCUCAACCUAAAUCUCCUUCCCAAGUCACUUCGAGCUCUUGCGCUUUUGUUAAGACCGAGCCUUCGGGUGAGAUUCCUUUGAAUACGUCACUGAACCCUCCAAUUAAGACUGAACCUGAGGAACAGGCUCUAUUACCUCCUCCAUCUGCACCAUCUGAGGAAGAAGCUCUUGCUGCUUCUGCUGCCCCUGCUGAUGCUGCCUCUGCUGAUACUGAUACUGGUGCUGCUGAUGACACCGCCACCACCACCACCGACGCCACCACCUCUAUGCCUCAGGAUUCCACCAUCACAAUAGACAUCUGUGCUAAGCCUAUCAAACAGAGAAGCAGGGCCUUCGCGGAAGAUGAAGAGAUACGUCCAAAAAUAAAGAAAUGGAAAGGUGUGCGCUGGAAACGUCUUCAUCUGGUCAUCACCAUCCGCAAAGGCAGUUCCAAGAAGGAAAACAGCCGGGAGGUGUCUGAACUCAUGGAGCGCCUGAGAAUCACACUUAGACCAGACAAGUUGCCAAGGGACAAGCGCAAGUGCUGCUUCUGUCACGAAGAGGGCGACGGUGCCACAGACGGUCCAGCUCGUCUUCUUAACAUUGAUGUAGACCUGUGGGUGCAUCUCAACUGUGCCUUGUGGUCUACUGAGGUCUACGAGACUCAGGGUGGUGCACUCAUCAAUGUGGAAGUGGCUCUUCGGCGUGGCCUGCGCACACGCUGCGCUUGCUGCCAGAAGACCGGUGCCACCAACAGCUGCAACCGCCUGCGCUGCCCCAACGUCUACCACUUUGCUUGCGCCAUCCGAGCACGCUGCAUGUUCUUCAAAGACAAAACCAUGCUCUGCACCCAGCACAAGCUAAAAGGCCCCAGCGAAGAGGAGCUCAGCAGCUUCGCAGUCUUCCGCCGAGUUUACAUCGAGCGAGACGAGGUGAAGCAGAUUGCCAGCAUCUUGCAGCGCGGUGACCGCAUCCACCUGUUCCGGGUUGGUGGGCUCAUCUUUCAUGCUGUGGGUCAACUCCUGCCCUCUCAGAUGGCUGCCUUUCACUCGCCCACUGCCAUCUUUCCUGUGGGUUACGAGGCCACGCGCAUCUACUGGAGCACACGUGUGCCUAACCGCCGCUGCCGCUAUCGCUGUCGCAUUAGUGAGCAGGAUGGCGUGCCCUUGUUUGAAGUUCGUGUGCUGGAGCCUGGACAGGAAGACCUGCACUUCAGGGACUGUAGUCCAGAUGGCAUCUGGGACAAGAUUGUUCAGAAGGUUGCCAAGCUGCGUGAAGAUGCAGCCAUGCUGAAGCUCUUCGCUGAUCAUGUAAAGGGAGAGGAGAUGUACGGGCUCACUGUCCAUGCAGUGAUGCGCAUUACUGAGUCGCUUCCAGGGGUGGAGAACUGUCAGGACUACACGUUCAGAUAUGGCCGCCAUCCUCUUAUGGAGCUUCCUCUAAUGAUUAAUCCCACUGGUUGUGCACGCUCUGAGCCCAAGAUUCUCACACAUUGCAAGCGGCCCCAUACACUCAACAGCACAAGCAUGUCCAAAGCCUACCAGAGCACCUUCACAGGGGAGAUCAACACCCCCUACAGCAAGCAGUUCGUUCACUCCAAAUCUUCUCAGUACCGCCGGCUGAAGACCGAGUGGAAGACCAACGUGUACCUGGCUCGCUCCCGUAUCCAGGGGCUGGGUCUGUACGCAGCUAAAGACCUUGAAAAACACACCAUGGUGAUCGAGUACAUUGGUACCAUCAUUCGCAACGAGGUGGCAAACCGACGGGAAAAGAUCUAUGAGGAGCAGAAUCGUGGGAUCUACAUGUUCCGCAUCAAUAACGAACACGUAAUAGACGCCACCCUCACUGGCGGCCCUGCUCGCUAUGUCAAUCAUUCCUGUGCACCAAACUGUGUUGCGGAGGUUGUGACGUUUGACAAAGAGGACAAGAUCAUCAUCAUCUCUAGCCGCAGAAUCCCCAAAGGCGAGGAGCUGACGUAUGACUAUCAGUUCGACUUCGAGGAUGAUCAGCACAAGAUCCCCUGCCAUUGUGGAGCCUGGAAUUGCCGGAAAUGGAUGAACUAACGGGAAAAGAGACGGAAAGAGAGAAAGAAAGAAAGAGCGAGGGAAUGCGUGAGAAACGCCUUUGCGCCCUGGUGCCAGAUGAUGAAGAUGAUGAUGAUGAUGCCUGCGCCAAAGCCUCGUUUAACCUUAUUACCCAGAUCAUAAGCUGUUCUGAAACCAGAGGAGGGAAAACCGUUUACUCUCCAUCAGUGGAAAGAAAAGACUUUGUUAUUCACAUCAGGAGCCAAAGCUUUGAAGAGAGUAACAUUUUUUGAAGCCACAACCUUUUCUGAUGAGCUCGAUGGUGUGCUUGAAUAGUCUCGUUAAAACUCGCCUCUGCCAAAAGCACCUCCUUCCUACUUCCUCUACUGUUUUCCCUCCAAUAAGCUGACUCUGGCUGGAAUCAAUCCUCUCUACAUCUACCAAAACGUCUGAUUCUAUAUCAUAUCAAUACACUUUAGGGUAGAACUCAGUGAAACGUUUGAUUAAAGCCAUUAAAGUACUCAGAAAUGAACUAAUACACUUUAGCUUUGGACCUAUCGUUUUUUUUUUUCUUGUUUUUCGUUGUUAUAUAUAUUUUUUUCCAAGUUUUGUUUUUUCCUACCAACCCGUCACCCCAGAACAACACUCUCUCCCAUCGUCAUCAAUGAAGAUUGACAACAUGGAUAUUGGCAAGACAAUCCUGGAGUGGCUCAGAUCACAUCUUAUGUAUCUAUGGUGGACAAGAUGUAAGAUAAUAUAAAGUUUAAAUACUAUUUGACCUGUGGCUCAAAAGGCACCAGAUGUUUUAUUAUAUUAUGAGUUUAAAGGUGGGUUCGGUCGACCCAGUCUACCUCAUUGAGUUUGUUGGGAAGUGACUGCUUUGUAUUAAACUGUUAAAAGUGCUACUGUGGAAAGGGGAAGGUCGAAUGUUAUCAUGGCAGUUGCCUUCUCGGUUAAGCAGGGAAAAAUUAAAUAAUUAAGCAGCCGGUUUGCUCCUAUCUGUUUCGCUUAUUAUUUGAAGUAGUGAACCAUUGCGACUCAUCCAUAGACAAAGCUGCAGAGCCCAGAUAAAUAGCGUUUAGAAACGAUGAUCAUGCAUUAUUAUUAUUUUUAUUAUUUUUAUUAUAUUAGAGCAAUCAGAAAACCAAAUGGGUGACCGAGUCUAGGAGGCCACCCGGUCUGAAUGACUGUAGAUCUCAUGUAGCCAUUUUUCAUUACUGUCUGCCUCCGUGCAUCUAGAAAUCAUGCUUUUCCUUCUAUUUUAUCCUCUUUUUUCUUCAUUAUUUAGUUUCUUCUUUCUUUUGUGUUCAUUUGUAUAAGCGCACAACCAAAUCCACUCUUUCAUCGCUAAGUGCAGUGAAUUUCACAGUGAUUUCACAGUAAACUCGGAUAGCUUGAAUACUUUUAGCUUCAGUUCAAACCUUGCUGUGUGAAGCUGAAUCUGAAUCUGAAUCCGAAUCCUCAUCCGAAACUGAAAUAAUAACUUGUCACUUGUGAUGCAAGACUACUAAAAUUAUGUUUAACAUAAUUUGUUUUUCCAUCUUCCUUCAGUUUAAAUUCAAUACCGCCUGUUUAAUAGACCUCCUUCAUUUUCAGCUCAUCACUCCUUCACUCCACGCUCUUCGCACGCCUCGUAUUCCUCUCUGUAAUACUUUAGUGGACUGUUGUAAAUCUUUUACUGUAGUGAACCUUUCUCUGCCUGACCACAGUCAGCGUAUGUAAUCCCUGCAUUGUGGUGUGAUAAACUGUUGGCACUGUUGUCUUCUGGAGGCUUGAAGCAAUGGCAGAGAAAGAGAGAAACUUUUAAAAGGGCAUUUUUUUUUCUUCUUUGAUAUUAAAGUAAUUUAAAAACAGAAAAAUAAAAAAUAAAGUUGAUCUUCAGAGAAGGGAGCUGAACAAAGUGUCCACAAACCGCAUACUACUUUGUUCCUUCCUCCCCAGACGUAUGACCUCACAGUAAAAAGAAAUGCAAAAUGUACAAACUGUAUAUAAUGGGGGGGGUGGGGGUGGGGGCAGAAGCUCUUUAUCCGACUCCUUUUUAAUCAAUAAAAUCAAAAUUGUAGAGAAAUAAAACUGAUGGAAUAAAAAAAACCACUGGAUAUCAUUUUAUCAGAAAGAUUAAAUGUGUAUAUAUCUAUAAAUAUAUGUAAAAUGGCAAACGAAGUAAUAUCUUGAUAUGUAUAUGAAUCAGAGUGUUUUUUUUUUUUUUUUUUUUUGCAUUUACCUGUUUUUUCUAUUAGCGUUUUUUUGCUAUAAGACCAUAUUAUACAGUUUAACAGAGAUUGUGUGCUGGUUAAUCUUGUUGUUCACCAAUGAUAUGGAUGAGUGUUUGAGGUGAAUGAGACAACAACGUUUUGAGAUCACGGGAGUCGUAUGUUGGAAUGUAGUCCUGGUAAUAUUUCUUCAUCAUGCAGAUCCAUAGUUUUUCGGAAAGCGGAGCAGUAGAACGGUGCAUAGCGUUUGUGUAUUUAUGUAAUAUUGUUCACAUAUAUUUCUUCUUUUACUAUUAUUUAUGCUACUGCUUGUGAAAUACCUGAAAUACUCCUGUCCUUGAAUUGGUAAGCGUUUAAUGAGUAAAUUCUCUAAAUAUAGAAAUUCUUGAAGGUCCAGAUAUGAUACUGUUUUAUGAAAUUAGUGUCAUGUUCUCCCCCCGGUCCCCACGUCCUCUCUCCCUCUCCCCAGUAGAAGUGAUGAACGUGUUUAUAUAACUUGUGAAAUGGCAAUAUAGCCAGUGUGUGCUAUGACUUUGAUAUUCAACAAUACCCCUGUGCUUUACCCGAGAGAGAAAGAGAGAGAGAAUUGCACUCUGAAGUGAUUUUGCUUUAGAAUCCUCCUCCUGCAGACGCAGAGCGAGAGGAGUAUAGCAGAAUUGGUGAACUGUACCUGUUGUGUGUAUCUUGUGGAGGGAAGUUGAUUAUAAAACUCGCAGGCGCUCACUGGAUUUCUAGCCUAACUUCUAUCCUUCCUUCUGAUCGGUUUGGAAUAUCUUAAUUUAAGGUCUCUCUGCAUAUCCUUUAAUUUAAUAAAGAAUAGAUUGCUGAUGUUUUUUUUUUUCUUUUCUUUUCUUCGUUUUUAUUAAAACCCAACCUACUUUUUAAAAAAGAUGCUGCAUCUGUACAGCAGAGCUACUUUUAGGAAGAGAAAUGAUCAUUUUUAUUGUAUGUGGCAUGUUUUGUAUGGAUAUAAUUUUGAAUUGUACAUAUUUUUUGAUGAGGCCAGAGGUUGCAUCACUUUAUAUACAGCUGCCCUCUUCCCUUCCCUCUUCCAUUUUCUUUGUCUCUGCUUUAUUUCUUGUAAAGGAAAAUAAAAUGCAUUUUAAAUAUA